UUAAUUUAACAUCUCUCUCUCUCUAUCUAUCUCUAUCUCUUCUUUCUAGUCUUUUUACUUUGGUCGUUCACGAUGGGAAAAGGCAGCCUCUCGUUUCUCUUCGUUCUUCUCAUCGCCACCACCAUCACUUCCGUCCUCUGCUUCACUGACGGGAUGUUACCAAAUGGCGACUUUGAGCUAGGACCAAAACCAUCGGACUUGAAAGGAACACAAGUGAUAAGCAAGAACGCAAUUCCAAGUUGGGAGCUAUCAGGCUUCGUCGAGUACAUUAAAUCCGGUCAAAAACAAGGAGACAUGCUUCUCGUUGUCCCUGCCGGAAAAUUCGCCGUCAGGCUAGGCAACGAAGCAUCGAUCAAACAAAGACUCAACGUGACGAAAGGAAUGUAUUACUCUCUCACGUUCAGUGCCGCAAGGACUUGUGCUCAAGACGAACGUCUCAACAUAUCGGUGGCACCUGACUCGGGAGUUAUUCCUAUACAGACGGUGUACAGUAGCAGUGGGUGGGAUCUUUACGCUUGGGCGUUUCAAGCCGAGAGUAACGUGGCCGAGAUCGUGAUUCAUAACCCUGGCGAGGAAGAAGAUCCUGCUUGUGGACCACUCAUUGAUGGUGUGGCAAUCAAAGCUCUAUACCCUCCUCGACCCACCAAUAAGAAUAUAUUGAAAAAUGGAGGAUUUGAAGAAGGUCCUUAUAUACUCCCAAACUCAACAACCGGCGUUCUGAUUCCUCCCUUCAUAGAAGAUGACCACUCUCCUUUACCCGCUUGGAUGAUCGAAUCACUCAAAGCCGUCAAAUACGUCGACGUCGAACACUUCUCUGUCCCGCAAGGCCGUCGAGCCGUGGAGCUGGUCGCGGGCAAAGAAAGCGCAAUCGCUCAAGUGGCUCGGACAGUCGUGGGAAAGACUUAUGUGCUUUCUUUUUCGGUUGGAGAUGCGAACAACGCUUGCCAAGGGUCGAUGGUGGUCGAAGCAUUUGCGGGAAGAGACACUUUAAAGGUUCCGUACGAGUCACGGGGAAAGGGAGGGUUCAAACGCGCCACUAUGCGGUUCGUGGCGGUUUCGAACCGCACAAGGAUUAUGUUUUACAGCACGUUUUACGCGAUGAGAAGCGAUGAUUUCUCGUCGCUGUGUGGACCUGUGAUCGACGAUGUUAAGCUCCUCGGCGUUCGUAAGCCAUAAGAGAUGGUUCAUUGUUUUAUUUUAAAGGUUCUUAUUUCUAAGUAUUAUAAGGCAGUGUGGGUUUUUAUAAAUAUAGAAUUUUCUUUAUCUCUAGUGCUUUUGAAAUGAGAUGAGAGGAAUACUGAAAGGGUGUUGUCGUGUAGGGUUUUAAAGAAGGCAAAAGAGGUCUUGCUUAUAACUAUUUUCUAUGUAUGAGAAGGCUAAACAAGUGUUGUCUUUUUCUACUAUAUUGGGUUCUUUUAAGGAGAUUGGGUGAUUAUGAGAAUAAAAGUGUAAUACAGAUUAUAUAUGAUAGAAAUGAAUGAGGAUAAGAAUUUGCCUA